AUGAAACUUGCGCGUCCUUUCCUCCGGCUCCUCCUCGCUCUCGCCCUCACCACUGAGACAUUUCCCGCGUUCUCUGGCGGGUUCAAUCCCAUCAGCCCCCCAAUGGCGAUGAGAACCCUGCGAGGAGGGAACAGAGGGGGCAACGUGCGUGCCAGCAGGGCGGGAGCUCGGAAGAAGAAAGGAAAGAAGGACCCGAACGAGCUGGCAAGGCAGAAGUUAAUCAGCAGAUACAACGACAUGUACGGCAUCAAGCCGCCGCCCCGUGAGGUCGAUCUCGACAUGCUCGCAGACCAGCGACCGCUGCAUCUCAAGGAGAAGAUCUACAGGGCACAAGACCAGAAGAACGAGAUCGAGGCUGAGCUUGAGGAGCUCAAGAAGAAGCUUGAAGAAGAUACAAAGAGAACUAACUCAGGUGCAGAGCUUGUUAACCUGAGAUUCCUCCUCAUCGCCAUCAUCACUGCCAUAGCCAUCAUCACUACCAGCACCAUCAUCACCACCACUUUCACCUCCUCAAUCACAAUCAUCACCACAACCACCCUCAUCGUUGGAAUGGUCACCUAUCGAAGUCAACCCUUGCUCCUUCCAUUAGCUGCAUCCGUCAUCUGCUCUGUCCUGAUCUUCUCCGCAGAGACUAGGAGAGGUGUCAGGUUCAACCAAGAGCAGAAGCAGCGAAUUGAUGAAGGCAAACGGCCAUUCCUGGUACGGGAUAUCACGAGGAAGAAGUAUAGAAAGAAGUUCCAGUGGAGCUCGCAAACGGCAGGUCGUCAGCAGCAACAAGAGACCUCCCAGGAAGAAUGA